UUCUGAUAGGCACAAAUCAAUUGGGAAAGCUAUUAAAAAGGUUUAUCCGAAGUCUAGUAGGGGAAUAUGCACAUACCAUAUGUACAAGAAUAUUUUGGUUCGGUUUAAAGGUCGAGCAGAAUUUGCUUUGGUUAAAAAGGCGGCAAAUGCUUUUAGACUUAUCGACUUUCAAACCACAUUUGAUCAGAUAGAAGCCAUGAAUCCAGCACUACAUGAGUACCUCGUAAGGGCUGAUGUGCGUAUGUGGACUCGUGUACAUUUCCCAGGUGAUAGGUACAACUUGCUUACAAGCAACAUUGCAGAAUCAAUGAAUAAGGUCAUGUCACAUGCUAGGAGCUUUCCUAUUGUACAACUAUUGGAAGAAAUAAGGUCCAUGAUGACUAGGUGGUUUUCAGAUAGAAGGACUGAUGCAUUGAAGAUGACAACAGACUUGACUCGUGGUGUAGAGAAAAUUCUCCAGGGUCGUGUGGACUAUGCUAAGUUACUUACUGUCCAAGAUAUCGAUGCACACCAAGUACAAGUAACAAGUGGAACAUCUCUGCAUGUUUUCAAUUUGAAAGAUAAAAAGUGUACGUGUCGAAGGUUUAACUUGGAGAAACUCCCUUGUGCACAUGCAAUUGCGGCCGGUGAAUUCAGAAACAUUUCUCGCAUUUCAAUGAGUCAUCCUUAUUAUCGGAAACACUACGUUUACACUUCCUACGAGAAUGCCAUCAUGCCAAGGGAGCUUGAUAAAUCUGUUCCUGGACAUGUGAUAACGAAGGUAUGUAGACCACCGAUUCCAAAACAACAACCAGGUAGACCAAAGAAUUCAAGAAUCAAAUCAGCAUUGGAAAUUGCAAUGGAAAAGAAGAAGCCAAGAAAACAAUACACAUGUGGUAAUUGCAACCAAGUAGGACAUAAUCGCAAGACAUGUACUCUAUAA